AUUUUGUGUUUCUCUUCGCGGCAAAACGGACGACGAUUUGAGUAUUUAGUUUCGGUCUAACACGCGGUCGGUGCGGUCGUUGUGAGCGUGCGCCCUCUGUCUGACAUUGGCUGAAACUCGCACAAAUAUACUGUCCAAUCUAAUGUGCAUUUAAUGGGAAAUAUUCGAAAUUUAUGAAACAAAAUGUGUAGAAUGCAGUGUUUGUUCGCUAUCCUCGCGAUCACGAUCAACCUAGUGAACUCUUGGGACAUCGCAAUAACUACUGGGGACCAACUAGAAUUUUAUACGAAUCAAACAAAAACGAGCAAUGAAGGGAUCAGAUUUAGAGAUCUCACAGCAUUAGCGUACGACGCGGUUCACAACAUGCUGUUAUUUGUCGAUAAGCAAAAUGACAAUGCCUCGAUAUUUAGCUACAAUUUACUCACUAGGAAAUAUCAACCUCUAGUUGGUCGGAGAUCUUAUGAAAAUAUUCAAGGAUUAGCUUUCGAUCCUGUAACGGGCAAAAUGUUCUGGACCGAUACUAAUGAGAGAAGUGUAUACUGGAUAUCACUUUGGCCGAGACCGAAGAAUAACAUCUACGGUAAUCUCUUAAUAAAAAUGGACGACGAAAUCCCGAGAGACAUUGCCGUUGACAGUUGUAGGGGCUAUAUUUACUGGACGAACACCAACAUUACAAAACCUACAAUCGAGAGGGCACGUUUCGACGGCAGUGAAAGGAAGAUUAUCGUUGACACUAAUAUCCACAUGCCCGUCAGUAUCGCGAUAGAUCAGAAAACGAAGCGCCUUUAUUGGGCCGACGAUAAAGAAGGCAUUCACUACUCCAUUGAAUCGUCAGAUUUAGAGGGAAAAGACAGAAAGACAAGAUUAGUCGGAACUUACCACCAGCCGAACGCUUUAACCGUAUCGAAAGAUAAUAUUUAUUGGGUCGAUUGGGGUUUUAAAUCAGUUUGGAAAUUGUCGAAGAACGCUCCUCCUAAUACAGAACCUGAAGAAUUGAUAGCUUUCAAUAAUGAGGUUCCUUUUGGAAUUGUAGCGAAUUAUCAAAUAGGGGACCAAACGGCUGGUGUCACCGAUUGUACGGUACUGGCUGGCCUGUCCGAAAACAAGACUCUUAUCAAUGAAGCGAUGAAUAUUCCAAAGGACGUUGGCUUAUUUUGUCUGCACGGUGUUAAAACUGGCAUUUCUGAUUGUAAAUGCUCUCCCGGGUUUACUGGCGAGCGAUGUGAAAUAUCGGUUUGCCAAAAUUUCUGUUUUAAUGGCGAUUGUAGCGUCAACAACAAAGGUCAACCAGAAUGCAAAUGUAAACGAGGCUACAAAGGAACGAGAUGCGAAGCCUAUAUUUGUUCUCAGUACUGUUUGAACGAAGGCGUGUGUUCUUUGGGAAAUAAUGACAAGCUAGUUUGUAAAUGUACAAACGAUUUCGCUGGAGAACGAUGUGAAUCGCGCAAUAUUGAAGCCACAGUCGCACCGACUAUUGAAUCUUGCAAUUGCACAAAAGGAGAUAACGCCACAAGGAGUUUAGGAACUUCCUCUAACGAUCUUUACAUAGAUGAGAACUGCUCAUCGGGAUGGGACCCGAUACGAGAUCCCAUACUGAUGGUGCUUGGAACACUCUGUGGACUGCUUUGCCUCAUUUGUGCAAUGCUUAUAACCAAGAUUUUGUAUUUGAAGAGGCGCCCCAGGAUUAAGAAGCGUAUAAUUGUUAACAAGAACGUGACGCCGCUGACGGCGCGACCCGACCAGUGUGAGAUCACCAUCGAGAACUGUUGCAACAUGAACAUCUGUGAAACGCCCUGCUUUGAACCAAGAAACGCGAUACGACCGACUCUAGUUGAUGCGAAACCUGGUAAAGAAGAAAAGCGUAAUUUAAUCGCGAAUAUGGAACAAGACGAUAUUUAUUAAAAAAAAAAAGAAAAUCAUAUCUUAUGUACUUAUGUACUUGGUGAUGAGUCCAAAGGUUAUUGUGAUAUUCGAUGUAGGGCGCGAGAACCAUGUUAACUGGUUACGUUAAAGUUAUUUUGGUUUCGAUGGAUUGUAGGUUAUGAAUACGGGGUUGCCAUUUACAAAUUAUUUUUUGAUACUUAACACAGCAAUACCGUUAGUAGACUGUCAUAUUUUAAUGUUAUUAAGUAUGUAACUUUUAUAACCUAUGACCCCAUAGAUU